AUGGCGCGUCUGGCUUUCCUCGCCGCAUCCCUGUCAGUGCUGCUGGUGUUGGCUUCUGCUGAUAAGCCAACCGUCAUGCCAGGGCCCAGCAACCCGCCAGUCAACGUCGACCAAGCUAAGGGCGACAAUGGCGUCAUGACUAACGUCCCUGCUAGCGUCGAAGCGGCGGCUGCUGCGGGCAAGCUCGACAGCUUGAAGGGCCAGACGAUCGUGAGCACGACCACCGACAGUAUUCUCAUGGUGGACGUGAAAUCGGCCGGAUGGAACAAAAUGAAGUGCAAGUUGGGUGCCCCGGGCAUGGCCGACGCCGGGGGAGGCGCGUGCACUGUUAAGAACUGCUCCUUCGGCGGCAUCCCCGCCAAGUGGAAGACGUCAAACCUGCUCAAGAACAAGCUGGGUGUGGAGGUGUACGUGAAGGGCAACCCCUGCACUGUUAAGAAGGCGUCCGCCCAGACGUGCUGCAACUCGUGCGCGGGCUUCAGCGGCUGCACGUACUGGCAGUACGUUCCCGAUAUCACGAUCGACGGCAAGAAGUCCGACGGCGCGUGCUACAUGGUGCACGACAACAUCGACUUCACGUGCGGCGAGCUGACGGCGCAGUACGCGACCGACUCGAAGCCCGUCCCGCUGCAGGUGCGCACCGGCGGCGAGUGCAACCCCUCGGGGAAAAUCGUGAACGACCCGCAUCUGGUGGGCGCGUACGGGACGCACUUCGACUUCAACGGGCGCCCCGACAAGGCGUUCUGCCUGCUGGCCGACAAGGACCUUCACGUCAACAUGCUGCUGCGCGGGUACUACUCUGACGACACGGAGAACGCCGCGCUCGUCGUUGACGGCAAGGCCGUGCACACGUGGAUCAAGGAGCUCGGCAUCAUCUGGUUCGCCAACGGCGCCGACCACAAGGUGCGUCUGGCGGCGCGCGGCGGCAAGCAGCAGGAGCGCGGCGAUGGGUUCAUGAAGACGAUCGAGAUCGACGGCGAGGAGAUGCCGAGGAUGAGCGUCGGCGACGCGGUGACGACCGAGGGCGGUCUGACUCUGCGAUUUGUGGCCCUGGAGAAGGAGGGUCCCUAUGACGUGGACUACUACACGCUCGUCAUCGACGGCCUCGUGGGUCUCGACCUGCGCCUGCGCGUCGCCAACCCCAAGCUGCAGACUCCUAGCGACGCCGAGGCGCACAUCAAUGUCGGGAUUGUCGAGCUGGAGCACACCGACGACGUGCACGGCGUGCUCGGUCAGACCUACCGCCCCGAGCACGCGGCUCGCGCCGCCAACUUCCAGAAGAUGAUCGCGACCCUGCACCGUCCGAUCUCCGCGGAGAGCGACGAGGGCGCUGGGUUCCUUGACGGCACUCCCCGCAUGUACGAGUCGAGCUCCGUGCUGUCCGUGGACUGCGGGUUCACGGAGUACCACCGCGCCAAGCAGCUGAGCCCCGUGCAGCAGGCUUUUUUCGGUGGGCUGUUUUGGUGGGCUGAGUUGUGUGCAGAAUACCUGUGCAUUUGUAUUGUAGUCCACACUCCGUCCCCUUCCGUCCCACACACGCACUCCCCUCCAUCGCUCACGCUUCCUCGCGACAACGAGCACGCUCCCUCCCCUCCCGUCUCCUUUGCGCUCGCUCCAUUGUCGCACACGCGCGCUCUGUUUUCUCGCGGAUUACAAUUCCCUCCCGUCGCCCACGCGGGAGCGCCGAGACCGAUUACGCACACUCCCUUCCGUCACCCACGCUCACUUCGCUCCCGCCGCAGACGCGCACUCCCUUCCGUCGCCCCCGCGCACUCCGUCAGUUACCUCGGCCCACGCGCACUCCCUUCCGUUGCCCACUCUCAAGACCUUCCCGUCGCCCACGCUCACACCCUUCCCAUCGCCUACGCGCAAUCGUUCAGUCGCCCACUCUCAAUCACUUCCCUCGCCCACGCUCGCUCCCUUCCCGUCGCCCACGCUCACUCCCUUUCCAUCGCCUUCGCGCAAUCCUUACAUCGCACACGCUCACCCCCGCUCGUCGCACACGGCCAAUUCCCUCUCGUCGCACGCUGCCGCCCGCGCCGCGCUCUCCCUUUCAAUCUCCUCCCGCCGUCCACGCGCACUCCCUCCCGGCGCGCGAGACGACUCCCCGUCCGCCGCCCACGCUCACUCCCUCCCGCCGUGACGGUCCCCUCCGUCGCACAUGCUCACUCCCCUCCGUCGCCCACGCCCACUCCUUAUGGUCGCACUCACUCCUCCCCGUCGCCCACUCAUUCCCCUCCGUAUCCCUCGCUCACUCCCCUUCCGCCGCCCACGCUCGCUCCCUCCCGUCGCGUUCGGCCCCAUCCGUCGCCCACGCUCACUCCACUGCCGUCACACACGCACGCACCCUCCCCUCGACGGAGAGGGGGUGCUCCGCUUCCCUCGCAUAUGCGUUCAUCUCCCCAUCCCUCAUCUCCCCAUCCCUCAUCUCCCCAUCCCUCAUCUUCCCAUCCCUCAUCUCCCCAUCCCUCAUCUCCCCGUCCCUCAUCUCCCCGUCCCUCAUCUCCCCAUCCCUCAUCUCCCCGUCCCUCAUCUCCCCGUCCCUCAUCUCCCCGUCCCUCAUCUCCCCGUCCCUCAUCUCCCCGUCCCUCAUCUCCCCGUCCCUCAUCUCCCCGUCCCUCAUCUCCCCAUCCCUCACCCCCCCAUCCCUCAUCUCCCCAUCCCUCACCUCUCCGGUCUUCCUCUCCCUCUCCCCUCUCCUCUCAUUCCUUACCCUUCUCCCUCUCCUCUCCCUCCUCCCUUUCCACUCGCCCCGCCACUCCCGCCGUGCUUCUCCCUCCCCCCAUUCCGCCUCGCCCCAUUCCGCCCCACCCCAUUCCGCCCCAUCCCAUUCCGCCUGACCUCAUUCCGCCCCACCCCAUUCCGCCUCACCCCAUUCCUCCUCUCCCCGUCCCCUCCUCACUUUACCCCCCUCUUCUCCCCUUCCCCACCUCAUCCCAUCUCCUCCUCUUUCGUCCACCCCUCCUCACCCCAUCUCCUCCUCUUUCCAUCCAGGCCUCCUCACCCCAUUCCGCCUCACCCCAUUCCGCCUCCCGUCCUCUCCCCAUCCCCUCCUCUUACUAUCCCUCCUCUCCCUGUCUCUCCUCUCCCCAUCCCUCCUCUCAUCCCUCCUCUUACCAUCCCUCCUCUUACCAUCCCUCCUCUCCCCAUCCCUCCUCUCCCUAUCCGUCCUCUCCCCAUCCGUCCUCUGUUCGUUCCUUCCUCCCCACAUCCCUUCCUGUUUGCUCCGCACUUCACCUCCCCCUCCCCUCCCCCAAUCGCUCUGCGCGGUCUCAUUGCAGGGACUCCUUGCAGGGAAAGAAGGGGAAAGGGAGGAAAGUGCACCCACGCUACGUCUAUCCCCUCACCCCGCCCUGUCCUAUCCCCUCACCCCGCCCUGUCCUAUCCCCUCCCCUCCCCCUCCCGGAGCUGCUUGGGACGCUGUGGACGGAUGGCGGCGCCCAUAGUCGCACAACAGAGGCGGACGUGGUGCUGCGUGAAUCCCUUCCCCCCGUCCUCCCAACCUCUCUUUCUCCCUUCAUCACGCCCCUCCUCUCCCCAUCCCCUCCUCUCCCCCUCCCCUCAUCACGCCCCUCCUCCCAUCACGUCACGUCCUCUCCCCAUCCCCUCCUCUUCCAAACCCAUCCCUCCUCAUCACAUCCCUCCUCUUUCCAUCCAUCCUCUCCCCAUCCCUCCUCUCCCCAUCCGUCCUGUCCCCAUCCCCUCCUCUCCCCCUCCGCUCCAGGUGUUUCCUCCCAUCACCACUUCCUCCCAUCACCACUUCCUCCCAUUACCACUUCCUCCCAUCAUCACUUCCUCCCAUCACCACUUCCUCCCAUCACCACUUCCUCCCAUCACCACUUCCUCCCAUCACCACUUCCUCCCAUCAUCACUUCCUCCCAUCACCACUUCCUCCCAUCAUCACUUCCUCCCAUCACCACUUCCUCCCAUCACCACUUCCUUCCAUCACCACUUCCUCCCAUCACCACUUCCUCUUCCUAUCCCCUUUCCCUCUCACAUCGUCCUAUCUCCCCCUGUCCCUUCCCCCCUGCUUCCCUCUUCCCCCUCUUUCCCCGCUUUCCCCUCCCCAUCGCUCGUAUUCUCUUUCUCUCCCUGGCUAUUGCAGUGACUACACUGAUGAUUUUUCUGGUAGCAACUCGCUCAGAGGCCCAUCAUCCCAUGCCAUGCUCGUAG